AUAUAUCGAAAAGUGUUAAAAAAAUUGGUUCCAGGAAACAAACAUCAAGCAGUGGUGAUAGUGUUAAUAAAAUAUCUGAAACUGAAUGGAAAAUUAAAAUGAAAGAACUUCAACGAACAUUUUCAAUCAAUAUUUUAAAUUCAUUUCUGGAACAAUAUAAAGAAGAAUUUAAAGCAUUUGAAAAUAGAUAUGAACAGUUAUGUGCUGCAUUGGAUAAAGCAAUGGAAGAAUCACAAAAUCAACAAAAACAAUAUCUAAAUUCAUUACAUGAUAAAGAAGUACAAUCAUUAAUGAAACGUUUAGAUGGGCAAAAUAAAGAAGAAUUAACCGUAUUGAGUAAAAGUCAUAAAGAUAAAAAUGAAUUGGCAAGAAUAAAACGUGAAUUACAACAAAAAUUAAUUGAUCAAGCAGUACAAGAACGACAACGAUUACAACUGUUAUUGGAUAAACGAAAAAUUGAACUAUUAGAAAAACAUAAAAAACAAGAAAGAAAAUUGCAAGAAGAAAAAAAACAUUUAUUAGAUGAAAAACAACAAGAAUGUGAACAAAAAUCUGAACAUAUGAAACAAAAAUUUAAUGAAUGUGGUGAAUCUUUUUUUAUCAAAAUGUUUGGUUUAGAAUGAAUUCGAAUCGAAUUGUCAACAAAAACAAAUUUUUUCCAUUUCAUUCAAGCGUCAAGUUUGUUUACUGCAUUUUGAUGAAAAUUAUUCUCUCAAACUGCCAAAUUUGUUCAAAUCCAAAUUUGAAUUUUUCAUUUUUUUGAGUGUACAAAAUCAUCACCGGCAAUCAUCAGACUUUGUUUUGUUUUUUCUGGCUCAAUAUUUCUUCCUUUCACUUUGUUCGAAUCACAUAAACAGACCAAACAA